GAUGCUGGGUGUGAACCCAAGCAGCGGUUCAUGGAUGAUUUUAGUGAGUUAAUCAAUGAAGAUAACGAGGAGAUGCCGUCCCGCAUUGUGGUUCAUCAGGGCACAAUUGCGUCUUGGGAGAUCAUUCUCAAGGAUGGGUCUCUCCGUGAUUGCCUAGCGAAGGAGUACGGGAUCUUAUCUUUUGAAAUGGGGGUUGCGGGAGCGGUCACAGGCUUUCCUUGUCUGAUCAUUCGAGGAAUCUCGGACUAUUGAGACUCUCACACAAACGACCACUAACAUGGAUACGCUCCAGGGUGUAGAAGAUGCCGAGCACC